CCGCCGCGGCCGCCGCCGCUGUCGCCGCAAGGACCCGGACCUCAGGGAGGCCUCUGCACAGAGCCGGACUGUCUCGCGCCCCGCCUUAGUCCAGACUCGCCCGCGCGCUGCGGGGCAACAGCACCGCCAGUCUCUCCGUUCGGGAAGACGUGUGGCCCUGCUGGCCACCCACCGGAAGUGAGGGUGACUAGCACCAGAAGCUCUGGAAUGCUUUACAGGCAUUAGUGAGGGCAUCUAAGAUGACGCAAUUCCGCGGGGGGUGGGCGGGGCUUCGCGAGGACCCCAUGCCGAAGAUGUUGCCUGAGGAGCGGAAGCCAUCAAUCAAGUAGCGGCGACGCAAGGAGGGGAAGUUUCCGAUGAAACCAAGGACCAAAGAGGGAAAGUGACCUCAAAGUCAGAAUAAUUUGUUAGACCUAGACAAGAAUCCAAGCCUGCGACUGCAGAGACCAGAGAUCUUUCAGCUAUACUCUUGGGAAGCACAGCUUAAGAUCUUUGCAAAUUAUCCUGUAGAGGGAAAAUGCCUAAAGUCAAAAGAAGCCGGAAAGCACCCCCAGAUGGCUGGGAGUUGAUUGAGCCAACACUAGAUGAAUUAGAUCAAAAGAUGAGAGAAGCUGAAACAGAACCUCAUGAGGGAAAGAGGAAAGUGGAAUCUCUGUGGCCCAUCUUUAGGAUCCACCACCAGAAAACCCGCUAUAUUUUUGACCUCUUUUACAAGCGGAAAGCCAUCAGCAGAGAACUCUAUGAAUAUUGUAUUAAAGAAGGCUAUGCAGACAAAAACCUGAUAGCAAAAUGGAAAAAGCAAGGAUAUGAGAACUUGUGCUGCCUGCGGUGCAUUCAAACACGGGACACCAACUUUGGAACAAACUGCAUCUGCCGCGUACCCAAAAGCAAGCUGGAAGUGGGCCGCAUCAUUGAGUGCACACACUGCGGCUGCCGUGGCUGCUCUGGCUGAGGCUGGCGCUCUCCACCCUGGACUCUGGACUUCGCGGGUUCCUGCCUGUGGCGCCAUCCGCUUCCUGGGGGCAGCGAGCAGUGCCCCAGGCCCAAGUUGGAGCACAGUCUCUACAGGGAAGAUGUUGCUGUCCAUCAGCUGUGAUUUGUAAAAAUAAAACCUUUAAACCUCU